AUCUGCGAUGGGAUUCUCGGUGUCGGACAUGACAACGUCAUCUAAAAUGGCAACCCCAUCAUCUGAUAUGGGAUACUCUGUAUCUGACUUGAGAUAUUCAUCAUCUGGCAUGGUGUACUCAUUAUCUCAGAUGGGAUUCUCGGUAUCGGAAAUGACAACUUUAGCAUCUAAAAUGGUAACCCCAGCAUCUGAUAUGACAUACUCAGCAUCUGACUUAGGAUAUUUAUCAUCUGGCAUGACAACAUCAUCUGAUAUGGGAUCUUCUGCAUCUGACUUGGGAUACACCUCCUCUGGCAUGGAAUUCUCGGUGUCGGGUAUGACAUCAGCAGCAUCUGACAUUAUAUACGCUUCAUCUAACUCUGUACAUAUAUCUAGUAUGGGAUACCUGCAAUCUAACCCGGACUACUCUAAUUUACAAACAUCUAAUGUAUUUAAUCCAUCAAUUGGUAUCGAAUCCUCGUCUAAUGAUAUGGGAUUCAUCCCUUACACAACCCUAGCUGAAACUUCUAUGGACGGUUUGUCAACACAAAUUGAUAUGAGCUUACCUUCAAGGUUCCUUCCAACUAUUGUUCGGUCUUCAAACGCAACAACAUCAGAUUUUACAGUAUCCACAGCCACAUACAUGGAUAUAACCACUACUGUUCGAACAAUGGCUUCUGUUGCCAUAUCGUCCAAUGGUAACGUUGUCUCGUCUUUGGACAUUCUUACCACUGCUAUUACUUCUACGGACACAACAACGCCAAUCAGUAGCAGUGUCACAGUACCGGAUACGAACCUGGAAAAAUACCUGCUCAAGAUGAGGUUUAAUCCGCUGGAUACAGACUACACGGAGCCAGCUAAUAAACAGAAGUUGAUCAACUCUCUGAUUAGACUGUUUGAAGAGGCUAUGAGGAGACAAGAAUCCUUACCAGCAGGUGCCUUGAGACGUAAAAAACGGGAUACCGAAACCGGCUCAUCAAAUAUAAAAGUUCAGUUGGAUAAUUUAGAACAAUCGACCAGUACAUCAGCAACUGCUCAGUUUACGGUAGAUCUUGGUAAUGGACCAAUAUCUGCAGAUGAAGCUAUGGGGUUAUUAAACCUGCUGUCCAAAGAAGAAAUGGAAGAAAUCCUGGGAGUUGAGUUAUUGGAACCAAUAAGUGCUGUCAAUGUUCAGUCUGGCACGAUUUAUACAUCGGGAUCUACUACACUACCACAAGCAACACCUUUGCACAUCUCUUGA